GUAAUAAAAUCGAACUUCGAGGGUAAUUUUGUGAAUCCUUCCCGAAAUUAUUAAAUUGCUGCAGCUACGCUCCUUCGUUUCUCAGAGCUUCUUCUCCGUUUGGCGCAGAACUGAUGAACAGAGCAAUGGAGCUCCAAACCAGUAACAAUGGCGGCGAAAAUUUGGAUUCAGAAAGCAAAACUGAGCUUCAAGAAGCCAUUAAUGGUGGACCCCAAUACGUGUUUGAGGACGUCGAUAGCGCCUGUUCCACUCCUUAUGUUAGUGCUCCAUCGAGCCCCGGCCGUGGCCCCGUCGGUGGAUUCUAUUACAGCGCCCCGGCUAGUCCAAUGCAUUUUGCUAUAACUAAAUCCUCGAGUUCGUCAGCUCAGUUGCCGUCGUCUUCGUUGAAAGACAGUCAUUCGUUUUCGUUCGAGUUUGAGUUCUCCGGGAGGUUUGGCUCUAUUGGCUCAGGUUCGAUCGGGUCCAUGAGUUCCGCGGAUGAGUUGUUCUUGAAUGGAAAGAUCCGGCCGAUGAAGCUUUCGACUCACUUGGAGCAGCCGCAGGUUUUGGCGCCAUUACUGGAUCUGGAAGGGGAAGAUGAAGAAGAUGAAGGAGGUGAAAUCGUAGGGUUUGUAAGAGGGAGAGAUCUUCGACUUCGCGAUAAAUCUCUCCGGCGGAGAACCAGAUCUAUGUCGCCGAUGAGAAAUACGCCGGUGGAAUGGACUGAAAAUGACGAUGGAGAUUUGAACACUGAGAGGAACGAUUCAGAAGAAGGAAAAACAAUGGAGAAGAAUGAAGAAGAAGGGUUUAUGAGUUCAGAAACGACUACUCCUUCAGUUUCGGGUUCAUCUUCAAGAUCUUCAUCAGCCGGAAGAAACUCGAAGCGAUGGAUUUUCUUGAAGGAUUUUCUAUACAGAAGCAAGAGUGAAGGAAGAAGCAGUAAUCACAAAUUCUGGUCCAACAUUUCAUUUUCUUCAGCGAAAGAGAAAAAACCCACAACAAAUCAAACAGCAUCCACAUCCACUUCAUCUUCAGCAAAGCAAAAGGCUACAAAACCCUCAGCACAGAAGCUGAAGGGGGGAAGUGGGCAAGUUCCGGCGAAGAAGCCGGGGGCCGGAAAACCGACGAACGGCGUCGGGAAGCGGCGUAUUCCGCCGUCGCCACAUGAACUGCACUACACAAAAAACAGAGCACAAGCAGAGGAGCUGAGGAAGAAGACAUACUUGCCUUACAGACAAGGCUUGCUUGGCUGCUUGGGGUUCAGCUCAAAGGGCUAUGGAGCUGUGAAUGGCUUUGCCAGAGCCUUGAACUCUGUCUCUUCCAGGUAAAAAAAAAAAGAAGAAAAAAACAACAAAAAAAGAAGAAGAAGAUAAAUAAGCUCAAUAAUAUAUAGCUAGCCUUUUCAUUUCAAAGAAAAUUGUAUAGCAAUUGUUCCUUUUCCUUUUCUUGAAACCUGUUCUCUGCUAAGAUGAUGGUUAUAUGAAUGUAUUCUUGUUAUUGAUUUGAUCUUCCUCAUUUUCCAUCCAAAAGGGGCUGUUUGUAGAAUCUAGAAAUUACUGGGUGUGUUUCUUUAUGAACUCCCCAAUGGCUUCUGUGUUGAAUUACCGUUCCUUUCAGCAUUGUAAUAUAUACCCUUUCUUCUGCUGCACUGUUUCAGUCA